AUGUGGGGAUUUGGUGGGAGAUUAUACUGGGGAUGUAAAAAAGAAGAAUUGAAUAACAAAGGGAUAGUAGUAGUAUUUGCAUGGAUGUCAAGUCAAGAUAAACACUUGAAUAAUUAUGUUAAUCUUUACUCUUCAUUUGGUUGGAAUUCCCUGGUUUGCCACUUUCAGUUUUUCAAUUUGUUUUUCCCAGAUAAGGCAGCAUCCUUGGCGUUAGACAUUCUAAAUGAGCUCAUUAAGGAGCUAAAAGAUAGACCAUGCCCGGUUGUUUUUGCUUCUUUUUCUGGUGGCCCAAAAGCUUCUCUGUACAAAGUCAUACAGAUAAUUGAUGGAACGAGCAAAACUCAUAAAAAUCAGGACGAAUAUCGAUUGGUUAGAGAGUGUCUUUCUGGUCACAUUUUUGACUCUACUCCUGCGGAUUUCACAAGUGAUGUUGGUACCCGAUUAUUUCUCCAUCCAUCUGUUCUUAAAAUGUCCCAUCCGCCAAUCAUAGUGACAUGGGUUGCAAAUGGUAUUGCGUCUUGUCUUGAUGCAUUGUUUCUUCCCAAAGUUGAGUUACAACGUGCAGACUAUUGGCAGACUCUCUACUCGACUGCAGCUAUGGGAGCACCAUAUCUCAUAUUGUGUUCUGAGGCUGAUGAUAUUGCUCCUUACCAAACCAUUUUCAAUUUUUCGCAACGAUUGAAAAGUCUUGGAGCUGACGUUAAAUUGAUUAAAUGGAGUAGCUCCCCUCAUGUAGGUCAUUACUUGCAUCACCCAGAGGAGUACAAGUCAGCCGUGGGAGAACUACUAACUAAGGCUGCAUCCUUAUACACAACGCGGCUGCAGCAACUAAAAAGCCAAAACAAUGGCAUUCAGCUAGGCCAUAAUAAGAUUCCUGACCCACUUAGCCACUUAAGGGAAGCGAUUUCUGCUUCAGACAUGCAACCAAAGUCCAAAAAAAUGGCUCUUGAUCGAAAGGAUCACUUAAUCAUGUCUGGCUCCAUGGAGUAUGAUCAAGUUAGAGAGGUGGGAUCAGUGCAAGAUGAAUUUAAAGAAUCUGUUAUUCGACCAUCUGCCUUGUCAACGAUGAAAGCUUAUGGCAUACUUGGUCAAAUCCUGUUUGAUGUUUGUGUCCCGAAAAAUGUUGAAGAUUGGGAUUUGAGGCCACUCGAUUCCAAUCAGAAAAACUCACAUUUUGAUGCUGUAAAAUGCAUCCACAUAUCAAAGUUGUAG